CACAGGAGGCAGGACCCAACCAACUUCCACACUCGCCACAGGAAACACAUCUGUCCCUGCAUGCCGCUGUUUGCGCUGGCUUGAAUGUGUUUUUUUUAAAGCUGUUACGGUAAAUAUUAACAGGGCAGCAGUUCACCGGAGCGCUGGUGAGGAAGUUUGCCGCCACAUUGGCCGCUGUUGAGGCGGUUGCAAAUGCUGGGACGUUUGGCUGCGAUGGAGAACAUGCACUGACCGGAUUUGGAAUUGUUGUUUUUUUUUUUUUUGCUGGGAUUACUCGCUAUAAACCAACACGGUUUAUCUUCCGUUGAUAUUCUUUUGGUUUUCUCGGCUUGUGUGGAGUAAUAAACACUUGAGGGGGUGGAGAAAAUAAAAAAUGCCUGCAAAAACCAAGUACAACCUCGUUGAUGAUGGGCAUGAUUUGAGGAUCCCGUUGCAUAACGAAGAAGCAUUCCAGCAUGGGAUCAACUUCGAGGCAAAGUACAUCGGCAGUCUGGAUGUGGCGCGGCCGAGCAGCCGAGUGGAGAUCGUGGCUGCGAUGAGGAGAAUACGUUAUGAGUUCAAGGUGAAAAACAUCAAAAAGAAAAAGGUCAACAUCGUGGUAUCUGUAGACGGCGUGAAAGUCACCCUGAGGAAAAAGAAAAAAAAGAAGGAGUGGACAUGGGAUGAAAGCAAAAUGAUGGUGAUGCAGGAUCCCAUUUACAGGAUAUUCUAUGUGUCUCAUGACUCCCAGGAUCUGAAAAUCUUCAGCUACAUCGCCAGAGACGGACAGAGCAACGUCUUCCGUUGCAAUGUCUUCAAGUCCAAAAAGAAGAGUCAGGCCAUGCGUAUCGUCCGGACAGUCGGCCAGGCGUUCGAGGUUUGUCACAAACUGAGUCUGCAGCACACGCAGCAGAACGCAGACGGACAGGAGGACUGCCACAGCGAGAAGAACAGCAACGAUUCCUCCAUCAACGCUCGAGAGCUAACGGGCGCUGAGAAGACGCCGAUUGUCGCCGAGGAGACAGACAUCGAUGCCGACGAGGUGAGCCAGUUACCGGCAGCGGAGGAGUUAAACCUCAACCGAGGGGUCACCGAUCUGGACGCCACGGCCAAGACACCUGACCUAAACCACUCAGACAACAAGGCUUCAGAGGAGGCCUCCCUGCUGAUGUCCAGCCCCAAGAUGCUGCUCCCUGCAUCGGGCGCGCUCCCUCCAGGCGCCCCGCUGUCUGUCCACCAUCAGAUCCAACUGCUCCAGCAGCAGCUUCAGCAGCAACAGCAGCAGACACAAGUAGCUGUGGCACAGGUUCACCUGUUGAAGGACCAGCUGAGUGCGGAGGCCACGGCUCGGCUGGAGGCCCAGGCUCGAGUCCACCAGCUGCUCCUGCAGAACAAAGACCUGCUGCAGCACAUCUCCCUGCUGGUUAAACAGAUCCAGGAGCUGGAGACCAGGAUGUCUGGACCAAACUCCAUGGGAUCCCAGGACAGUUUGUUGGAGAUCACCUUCCGGUCCACGGUUCCCCCGGUGAUCUGCGACCCCACAACGCCUAAACCCGAGGUGUCCACCCUGAACCUUCCCCAGCUGGGCGCCAGUGACGGGACCAGCAACAUCUUCUCAUCAUCCAACGGGACUCUGGGAAGCCCCCUAGUUGAUCAAAGUAUGUUUGAGAACUCCGUCGCCCAGCAGCAGAGUCCCCAGACCUCCAGGUUGGGUCAGUCCUCAACCAGACGAUCCCAAACAUCAUCUAACCCCAACCUGGGCUCAAACUCCGUCGACUCUCCAUCCUCCGGAGGCCAGCAGAGGCUGAAAAACGCCAUUAACCUCGGCAAGGCCGUCGGGGCGAAGGUCAAUGACCUGCUGAGAAGAAAGGAGCCCAGCCACCACGGGGACAUCGGGGUCACUGAGGUCAACAAGAACGUCGGCGCUGUGUGGAGUUGCAUGGACCAAAUCAACCAGACCACUGCAAACAGUCACAUCUCCUCCUUCGACUCCUUCCCUCGGCUGGACCCGCCACCCCCGUCGGGAAAGAAGCGCCUCCCUCGGGCGUUGAAGACCACCCAGGACAUGAUGAUCUCCUCUGACCCGGUGGUCUCCUCUCCGGAAGCCGCAGACUCUUCCUCCUUCCUCUCCUCCCCGGACAAGACACCCCUCAUCGUCAAGGAGGAGCCGAGGAACGACGAGGAGCAGCAGCAGCAGCAGCCGGGCGGCGAGAGGGAGGAAGAUGAUCUGGACAACAGGUUGACGGAUAUCACCGCACAUCUGGGCCCGGCGGAGAAGGAAGUCGCCGCCGAUUCGGAGACGACGGGGAGCAACGGCAAGGUGGACGGCGUGAUCGGCGGAGGAGAGGAAGACGAUGUGAAAGAUAAAUGCAUAGAAGGAGGCGCGGAGGAACAUCAGCAUCAGCUCCAGCUCUCCGUGCCAGACCUCAUCAACAAAGAUCCCCCACAGGUGGAGCCCAGAGCCAAACCCUGCGACGUCUGGCAGAAGGCUUCGGGGCCGGACUCCAGGCUGGCCUCCACCCCCUGCUCGGGGAAAACUCCCUGUCGCAUCAGCCUGGGUGAGGAGGCCCUGCUGGGGAACGGCGCCCCUAAAGGCAACGGAGUGAGCGUUGAAGACGCGGAGCCCCACCCGGACCUGCUGUCGUUCGAGUAACGAGCAGAUACCACUUCAGUAUGAUUCGAAAAAAGUUUGGAACUUUUUCUUUUAAUUUCCACUCAAAAGGCUGCAAAAAUCAAGCGGGGGGUAAUUCAAACAGACUGCAGUAAGCACUGCGGAUCAAAUAUUCACUGCCACUUUUAAAUAUAUAACUCGCCCUGCUCUAGGCUUUACUUUAGGAAAAGGGAAUAAGUGCUUUCAGAAACCAGGGCAGAGGCCAGAUCUGUUGCUUUUUAAACUUUUUAGCAGCUUCUUAGAUGUGCGGAUGAGUUUAAAAGGUCAUGAUGUUAAAAUAUGACCCCUUCAAACAUGGCUGAUCAAGGGUCAGUCGGACGCUACCAGCUCCUUCCUAAUGAUAUGACAACAAAGCUGACCGGCACUGGAUGAUAAAUGAGUUUUCAAGAAGGUAAAAUGGGUUGAAAAGGAGGGAACAUUACUGCACAGAGAGAAUCUGAAUUUUAACAUUUUAAGCAGAGAACACACAGCUAUCGAGAAUCAUAAUUUUAUCAGAAUGUACUUAACAUGUUUUAGUUUUUACGACAGCUUUAUGAAACGUCUUGUCUGCUUUAGUAACGCGAUAACUACCAGAUAAUGCAACACUGAAUGUAACAAGUGUAAUGAAAUAAUGUAAAAUCCUGUUAAUGAAUCACUGGGGAGUAAAAACAACUUCAUGCUGAUGUAAUUUUCUCCUGAAAAUACAAAUUAUUAUUACUUAACAUCUAAAAAAAAACAUAUAUGUUAUAUCAAUUCAAUAUCAAUAUGAACUUAUUAUAAUAAUUGUGAUCAAUUAAUGACAUGUAUGAUCCAUUUAAAGAGAUAUUUUUGUUACAUGUUGAUCAUAAAUUCAUAUUCUACAAAAGCUGCUGCAAUAAAGCCAAUUAGAAACCGCAGCUAAUAUGAGGAUAGUUAGUUUUCAUCAGUGUAGUCACAUUUCCAGUGUAGAUUUCUUGAAAACUGAAUGCAGACUCAGAAGAAGAAGAAGAAGAAGGAAACGAGUGAGAGAAGCUGAACGAAUGUGGAUGUGUUAUAUAGACGGCGAGGGUUUGGAGGAAGUUCACUUUCAGUUCAGCCGCUACAAAAUGUCAAGUAGCUGCCAGGCAGUUUCUUUACAGAGAUGACAGGCUUAAGAGUUUGAUCAUAACCGGAAGCCUUUUAACCCCUGACUUCAUCCAUAUUAAAACCCUUUUUUGGUCCAGUAGGAGUUGUAGAAGUCGCCACUACUGCAGCGGACUUUGGCGUGGAUCGUGAUUGAAUCUCAGCAAGGAAGAAUAUUGAUCAUUUACCCCGAUCAAUAGGUGUCUUUUUAGACUAAAAAAGAAAACUGGGGUGAUCAUGGUGAUUUAUUUUAAAUACUAGAAAACAUAAUAAUCUGUGAUGAUAAAUGAUGAAAUGUAAAUGGUGCAAAAUUCAGGUGUAAACCGGAUUAUAAAGUUGUUUUUUGGUACUUUGUGGGAGUCCAGCAUGAACAGCAGCUGUUUAGCGUUUUCGCCUGAAUCCACCACUUUUUAGUGUAAAACGAUGGCAGCAAGAAGCAGAGUGCAAAGCCAUAAAAUCCAUGUGAAAAGCAGAUAUUUUGCUCUGCUCAUCAUAGAAAAUGUCGGUAUUUUUUGGUAAAUGUCAAAAAAUGUCAUCAUCAAAAACAACAAAGCUUUACCUUUUAGACACACAUCAAAUGAAUUUUCUAGCCCUGUGCACUGAGGUCGUCAAAAGUACCGAUACUUAGAUACUUUUCGAUACCACAUGUUUAAAACGAUACGAUCUCCGUUAAUUAUACAUUUGUUAGUAUAGAAAGUACCAAAGCUAUAAAAAAAAACAGAUCUACAGUCAGAUUUUCAACCAAAGGCUGCACACAUGAAACAACGAGGAAGAAUUUCAAAUUGUCCUCAACUUGUGGCAUUUUCUCCAGUAACGAACCCUCCAUGUGACUGGUGGGUGACGUAGAGUUAGCUAUGAGACUUUAUUCUCUAUUUGUCGUGGUAUCGAAAGAGAUAUUCAGUGUUGAAGUUUAAAAUUCUGGUAUCGUGACAACCUUACUGUGCACUAUAAAAAAAAAUGUCUUUAAUUAGCAAAUACAAGUAAAAGCACAAUUUAGCAAUUUAAUAUGUGGGACAGUAUUCAGGUUAUUUACAUGACUGUAUCUCACGUUAGAUAAUCACUUCCAGGUGUUUGCUGCUGACAAAAAUCAUUUUUCCUGAACUGGCUGAGCUGAAAGUGAAUUCUUAUGAAACCUGAUAGAGAGCUGGGAUGGAUGGAUGGAUGGAUGGAUGGAUGGAUAGAUGGAUAGAUGGAUUUAUUUGCGGCAUGUGGAGGGCAGGCUUGUGAAAAGUUGUUUUUUUGAGAGAAACAGAGGCAAGAUAAUGAGCUGUCAACAGAAAGAGAUGAAAGAGAUGUAUUUUAUUCAAGCAGAUUAUUAAGUGACAGACCAAAGACAUUAAUUAGCGUCUCAGUCAGACAGGUUGCUUUUGUCAUAUUGUUCUUAGCAAGCUGUUUGAGUGAAAAGAGAAGCAAUAAUUCAUGCAGAAGAGACUUUUUUUCUCCUUUAUUUUAACUUAAUCUGCUAAUGAAGAGGCGUAAAUCAAAGUAAAAGCAUUUAAAACAUUGAAAAUUUAGUAGCAAUUCACCAGAGAGUCAGGAGUGUUGGUGAGCUGACGUUAAUGGAAAGCAUCCAUAUUGAUGUAUCACCAGUAGAAGGAGACGGUUGUUUUAGCACAAGAUCUUUAGACACAGAUCCCCCUCAACCCUAAAAUGACCCUUUUUUUUCCUGUGAGGUCCUUCAUUGGCCUCUAGAAGUGACCGUUGCGUCCUUG